AUGGAUUCUGAGGAGGAUGUGGUUUGCCGCUGCCCUCUGGUGGCGUUCUUCUUGUUCAUCGUAUUUGUGGUCUACACCAUGCUGCCUUUCACCAUGAGAGGGGCCAUAAUCACCAGCGCCAUCACCUGCCUGUCACACACCGUCACUCUCAGCGUCUGCCUGGCCAAGACCAUCCCACAGUUGGAGCCUUUAGUAUGGCAGAUCUUAGCCAACGUGAUCAUCUUCACCUGCGGUAACCUGGCCGGCGCGUACCACAAGCACCUGAUGGACCUGGCUCUGAAACAGACGUACCAGGACACCUGCAACUGCAUCAAGUCGCCCAUCAAACUGGAGUUCGAGAAGCACCAACAGGAGCGUCUCCUGCUGUCCCUGCUGCCCGCUCACAUAGCCCGGGUGAUGAAGGCUGAGAUCAUCCAGAGACUGCAGGGCCCUAACUUCGGUCGAACUGAGAGCACCAACAACUUCCACAACCUGUAUGUGCAGCGUCACACCAACGUCAGUAUUCUGUACGCUGACAUCGUUGGCUUCACCAGACUUGCCAGUGACUGCUCUCCAGGUGAACUUGUGCACAUGUUGAAUGAACUGUUUGGCAAGUUUGACCAGAUUGCAAAGGAAAAUGAGUGCAUGCGCAUCAAGAUCCUGGGAGACUGUUACUACUGCGUGUCUGGUCUGCCCGAGUCUCUACCCGACCACGCCAGGAACUGUGUGAAGAUGGGCCUGGAUAUGUGUGAGGCCAUCAAAAAGGUCAGAGACGCCACCGGAGUGGACAUCAACAUGCGCGUCGGCGUCCAUUCAGGAAACGUGCUGUGCGGCGUGAUCGGCCUCCGGAAGUGGCAGUACGAUGUGUGGUCACAUGACGUAACGCUAGCCAAUCAUAUGGAAGCAGGAGGCGUACCAGGGAGAGUUCACAUCUCAUCGGUGACGCUGGAGCAUCUGAAGGGUUCCUACAAGGUGGAGCCCGGCGACGGACAGACCAGAGACUCUUACCUGAAGGAGCACGGAGUUAUCACGUACUUAGUCAUCAACCCUAAGACUGACAGACAAAGCCCGCUGCUGGCUGUGCGCUCUCGACCCUCUCUGGACGGUGGGAAAAUGAGGGCGUCGGUUCGAAUGACCCGUUACCUGGAGUCGUGGGGAGCGGCCAAGCCCUUCGCCAACCUCCACCAUCGAAACAGCAUGACCACGGACAACGGCAAAAUCAACACCACGGACGUUCCACUGGGACAGUAUCAGUUCCAGCGACGGGAAAGGUCCAAGUCUCAGAGGAGGAGGUUCGAGGAAGAGCUGAAUGAGCGAAUGAUUCGCACCAUCGACGGCAUCAACUCGCAGAAACAGUGGCUGAAGUCUGAGGACAUCCAGAGGAUCUCAUUAUUCUUUCACAACAAGACACUGGAGAAAGAGUACAGAGCAACAACAUUACCAGCCUUCAAGUACUACGUCACCUGCGCCUGCCUCAUAUUCGUCUGCAUAUUCAUCGUGCAGAUCCUCGUCUUGCCCAAAACCGCAGUGCUAGAGGUCUCCUUUGGUCUGGCCUUCCUGCUCCUGGCAUUGAUCCUGCUCCUUUGUUUUGCCGAUCACUUUCUGCAGAGACAAAAGGACGCCUCCUGCUCGUUCGCGUGGUUUCCCACCUCUUCGCGCGUCAUUGUCACCAACAAUCCCUGGCUGCGAUUAAUCCUCACCGUCAUGACCACCGCUGUCAUCCUGGUGAUGGCCGUCUUUAAUAUGUUCUUUGUGGAAGAUCCAGGAGGUGCUGUGGAGGACAUCCUCACAUCUGCGGCACUUGAGAUUCCCGUCACGACCGCACAGAUGAAUCGAAGCAAUGACAGCCUGUUGGAGUACCAGGAGAAAAACACGGAAGUAAACAAAUUCUAUCUGCCCUAUUUCAUCUACUGCUGCAUUCUGGGCCUGCUGUCGUGCUCCGUGUUCCUGAGGAUCAACUACGAGCUGAAGAUGGUGGUGAUGCUGGUCGCCGUGGUGAUCUACAACAUCAUCAUCCUGCAGACGCACGCCUCCCUGCUGGACGGAUUCAGUAAAGCACCUUAUCCCACUCAUGAGCUGCAGAGACCUGGAGUUCUGAAGGAUCUAAAGACAAUGGGCUCCGUGUCUCUUUUCAUCUUCUUUAUCACUCUGCUAGUGUUGGCCAGACAGAAUGAAUAUUACUGUCGGUUGGACUUCUUGUGGAGGGACAAGUUCAAACGGGAGUGUGAGGAGAUCGAAACCAUGGAGAAUCUCAACCGGGUUCUGCUGGAGAACGUUUUACCUGCUCACGUGGCCGAACACUUUCUGGGAUGCAACUGGAAAAAUGAGGAACUUUACCAUCAGUCGUACGACUCUGUGUGUGUGAUGUUCGCUUCCAUUCCGGACUUUAAAGAGUUUUACACAGAGUCCGACGUCAACAAGGAAGGACUGGAGUGCCUGCGUCUCCUCAACGAGAUCAUAGCGGACUUCGACGAGCUGCUGUCCAAGCCGAAGUUCAGCGGCGUGGAGAAGAUCAAGACCAUCGGCAGCACCUACAUGGCUGCAACAGGACUUAAUGUGACACCUGGACCUGAGUGCACACAGGAACAUGACCGACAGUACAUGCACAUUGGCACGAUGGUGGAGUUUGCCUUUGCUCUCGUUGGGAAACUGGACGUCAUCAACAAACACUCCUUCAACGACUUCCGACUCAGGAUUGGAAUAAACCAUGGCCCUGUAAUAGCAGGAGUUAUUGGGGCCCAGAAACCUCAAUAUGACAUCUGGGGAAAUAGUGUGAAUGUGGCCAGUAGGAUGGAGACCACUGGGGUUCUCGGCAAAAUACAGGUAACAGAGGAGACGAGUCAGAUCUUGUCCACCCUGGGAUACAUGUGCUCGUGCCGUGGCAUGAUCAACGUCAAGGGCAAAGGGGAGCUGAAGACUUAUUUUGUCCACACAGAAAUGACCCGCUCCCUGUCACAGGGGACCGUGGUGCCUUGAGCACACUGGACUGACAGAUCAACUUGGGAGUACGAUUACGUGGCCUGAAAGCGACCUGUCAUGCUCUGUACCUAAAACUCAUCACCUGCUGCCGUCUGCGCCCGAGGAGACAACCGUCGAUGACAACUUUUGUCUUUAGCAACACGACUAGGAGAAAAGCUGAGGCUCAGCCCCGAGGUCCGUCACCAAGUUAAGGGAGUGUCUGACUAAAGAAGAGGCUUGCCGUGUUGGUGGAGUCUUCAAGGACCACAGUUCCCCCAUCUGUAGAGUUGACGUGUGUAGCUAAUUAGCCAUGCAAGUGUCCCACUGCUUCAGAGACUGUUGCUAGAGAAACUCAGCUGCCUGCCAAAGUGUAGUUUUUUAUAUAUACACGUUACAUAUACUAUGUAUCCGCCCGGUGGGCAUCUUCUGCCCGAUCUCCUUCUAUUUUAUCCCAAAUGGAUUUUUGUUAUAGUCUAUUGUCCCGUAGAGCAGCUCAUGCCUUUGAUACGUCAGCAUGAUGGGUAGUUUUUGGCGAAAACUAUGAGUAAUACUGUGUACGGAAUAAUUGUAGAAGGAAUCUGAAUGUAAAUGUACAGUAAAGUCUCCCUUUUUUUAUGAUCUGAAAAAAAAAAAAAAAAAACCAACAGCAUCGUGUGUAAAUGUCUACUGUCAGCUUUUGGUAUUGAUUAAACCUUUGUACAAAAA